ACAUCACCGUGUGUUUUGUCUUUAAAACAUUUUUAGGCUCUGGGAGACUCUUUUUCUUUUUUGAACUCCACCUCCAUGAGCUUUUUUUACUUUCACUUUCAGCGCUGAUGUGUCGCAGCAAGAAUUUCAGACGGUCGUCAAACUCAGCAGUUGAAUGAUUGUGUGAUGUUUCCAGCAGAGUGACAUCAUGGCGUCUGCAUCAACAGAUGAUCCACAUCCUCUGAGGCGCAGUAGCAGCUAUGAAUAUCUACCACCUUACAUGUCUGAGCUGAGAGUUGUUCUGCUGGGGAACAGCUGGUCUGAGAGGAGUUCAGUGGGGAACUUGAUACUGGCAAAGGCUGUGUUCAGCACUGAGAAAGAACCAAACCGCUGUCUGACAGUCAGAGGACCGUUGAAAGAGAAAGAAAUAGUUCUCAUCAACACUCCAGAUCUGCUGCAUCCCAACAUCUCUGAACACAAACUGACAGAACAUGUAGAAAACUGUGUGAGACUCUGUGAUCCUGGACCUCAUGUGUUCCUGCUGGUCCUCCAGCCUGAAGACUUCACUGAGGAACACAAACUGAGACUCUGCCGAGUUCUUGAAAAGUUCAGUGAGCGAUCAUAUGAUCAUUCACUGGUUCUGAUAUCAACACCCAGAAAGAAGAGUCCAGCUUUGAUGGAAAAAUACAUUGGACAGCCUGUGUUAAAAGACAUGAUCAUGAAAUGUAGAUACAGAUACUUGAGGCAGAAGAACCUUGAACGUCCAGAGCUGUUAACUGGUUUGGGUCGAACUGCAAAGGAGAACAGUGGAGAACAUGUGAGCUGUGAAAUAUUUCAGGACCCAACAUCUACUUCGGCAGGUGAUAAUCAAAGAACAAAACACAAAGAAGCAAAGACCACAACCCUAACAGAUGCUGUUAAAGCUGCUGGGCUGCAAGCGUAUACUAAAUUCAGUGAACAACUCUCACAACUCUCACUCUCAGAGAAAACCCCUGUGCCUCACAGUGAGUAA